AUGAUUGACCUUGCCCUCGAAGAAAAGCUCGAUGACCUCGACCCUCUCCGGCACCUCCGCGACGACCUCGACCUCGACUCCGACCCCAAGACAACCCGCACAUCGGACGGCUUAGUCCCCGCCCAGAUCCCGUCCAUCCUCAACCAGAGAAUCGAGCUCGCGUUUCCUCGGGGCCCGGAAGACGGGGACAUCCUCAUCAAGCUUGUGGUGGACGCCUCGCCGGGCUGCGGGGGUAUUGCUUGGCCUGCGGGAGAGGUACUGUCGCGAUACAUAUCGCGUCAUGGCUCUCUCGAGGGGCAGACGGUGCUCGAGCUCGGGAGCGGCACGGGCCUCGUGGGGCUCGUCGCGGGCAAGCUAGGAGCGGAGGUAUGGAUCACCGACCAGGCGCCGCUCUUGUCGAUCAUGCGGCGCAACGUAGCCAUGAACGACCUCUCCGCACACGUACACGUCGCCGAGCUGAAUUGGGGCUCGCCACUCCCUCCGGACAUCCAUCGUCCCUCCGUGAUCCUCGCUGCCGACUGCGUCUACUUCGAACCUGCGUUCCCACUCCUCGUGCACACCCUCGCCGAGCUUGUCCCGCGCCCCUCCGAUUCUGACGCUGCCUCCGACAGACCAGAGGUGUUAUUCUGCUACAAGAAGCGGCGAAAGGCCGACAAGCGGUUCUUCACGUUGCUGAAGAGAGAGUUCACCUGGACCGAGGUGACAGAUGACCCAGACCGCGAAGUAUACGCUCGCGAAGCGAUCUCGCUCCUGCGACUCACGAGGAAACGCUGA